GGAUGGGAGACUCAAAAGAGGAGAUGAAUUACUGAUGAUCAACAGUCAGUCUUUAUCAGGCAUGACACAUCAAGAAGCAGUUGAUGUUCUCAGGAACGCUCAACCACUUGUCCAGAUAAUUGUAGCAUCUAAGAUUCGAAAGUCAUCAUCUGUGGCAUCUCCUUCUCACAAAUUUGUGGAGAUCUCUCAAGCAUUAUUGCCUCAGCAUUUUAAGACACCCCAGAUAAACAGUCAAGAAAGUCCUAAAGCACAGCAACAAACAGAAGCAAAUAAAAGUCCAUCUGUAGAUUCACCAGCUGUUGAGAGUCUGCAAACAGAGGCUGUUGAAGACACCCAAAGAGUGCCUGACUCAGGCCAGCAGACUUCAACUGAUGCUCACAGUGGAGAAAUGAGCUCUAGUCUGAGACUUCCUGAAGUUGUUGCACAGACACCAUGUGGAACUAUUAUGAAGUGGGAAGAACUGUUUGAAAAAUUUCAGCCUGUGGAAGAUGGUACAGCGCCAAAAGUACUGAACCUACCUCGGCCAUUUCGGCACAGUCCACCAGCCAGUAUCACAGUUUUUAAGGGUGCCAGAGGAAAAGGGCUGGGUUUUAGUGUAGUUGGCGGUUCUGAUUCUCCCAAAGGGAACCUGGGAAUUUUCGUCAGACGCAUUUUCAGUCAUGGAGUCAUUGCUGAAGAUGGACGCUUGAAAGAAG